UUUAUUCUAAAGCAAAGUAUAAUGACGGGAGAUUUGUUGCCAGAUUUUUUUCCCUCUCAUUCAGCUUUGUAGAACACAUAGUAUAAUCCGGCUAUUGGCUGAGGUGUUUUUAUUUACUAGCGUGCAGCGUCCCAGAUUUUCAGUGCAGCCAUGAGUGUGUUACAGAAAGCCCUGAGUGAUGACAUCCCUGAUAUCAACCUGGACAAUCUUGAUGACCUGCUCAACGCACUCACUGCCGAGGAGCUGGAGGAGCUGAAUGGGGACUUUGACCCUGAUAACUCCCUGCUACCUCCCUCCCAAAGGUGUCGAGACCAGACCUCUAAGUCAGCUACAGGCCCAUUUAAUCGCCAGAAACUGCUACACUUCCUGGAAGAAAAAGCCAAGCAAGAGAAAGAUUGGGAGAAUAACGUGCCGUUUACUAAAGAAGUUAAAGGGAAGAAGUUUGUGCCAAAAGAACAAGCCAAGACAACUAUCAAUGAUGAUGAUGCUGCUGUAGAGACAGAGUGGGAUCAAAUUUUGCAAGCUGCCAGUGAAGAGGAGUUGGUGGAUUUGGCAGCCGUAUUGGGUUUCCACAGUAUGCUGACACAGACACAGUAUUACGCUUCGCUGGAGGACCGAGAGAUCCACGAGGGUGGCUUUACUGGGUGUGCUCAAGCUCAGAAACUCAAGUUAAUCCCAGACGAGGCCCCCAACAUGACAGAUGUUGAGGAGAGCAUCAAAAAGCUCAAGGAUAACGACAAAGAAUUAAAAACACUUAACCUAAAUAACAUCAAGAAUAUUUCUAUAGAACGUCUGAUUGAGGUGUGUGAAGCUUUGAAAGAAAACACAGUCUGUGUACGUUUUGACAUGGCUAGUGUGGGAGCUAAUGACAGAAUUGCCAAGGCCCUAGCUAGCAGCCUGAGUGAGAACAGCACUCUCAUGUCCGUCAAUGUGGAGUCCAACUUCAUCUCAGGGGAGGCAAUCGUUGAACUCAUCAAGGCAGCUAACAAGACACAGUCUCUCAUUGAGCUCAGGCUAGCUAAUCAAAAACCAGAGGUACUUGGUAACAAGGUGGAGAUGGAAAUAGCCAAACUGUUGAAAGAAAACAGUCGGUUGCUGCGUCUGGGCCUUCAGUUUGAGUUCCCUGCUGCCAGGAUCAAGGUCCAUGACAAGCUUAAAGAGAACCUUGACGCCUUGAGGAAAAAGCGAGUUGGAAAGGAAGACACAUCAUAAAGAAACUAAACAAACCACACGUAGUCAAUUUUUUAAAACGAAUAUUUUAUCGCGAAAUUUUCAGUUUCUACCAGUUUAUUUAUAUGAAGCCUGUGUACUUUAGUGUGUAGAUAGAUAAGCCAAUCAACAUUGUCCUUUUAUAUGUUGCUUUGUUCUGCUGGUCAAUAGUCCUGUCAUUCAGUUCACCCAACUUCCACUCACAGCUUGUGAAAAAAUUCAUCUCUGCUUUCUUGCUUCUUUUCUUUUAACCCAGGUUUUUAAAAAACUGUACAUAGGGGAGGCUACUCUAAUCAUCUUGUAAAUCUUUUGUAAUAACUUAUUUUAAAAUAGUCUGGUUUCCAUAAGCAAGAAAGAAGAGAAAAUUGAUUUAUCGGACUUAAUAAAUUAAAAUUAAAGACUAAUGACAUAUUGAGAAGUAAUUAUGUUAAUUAUAAACUAAUAUGCCAAAGCAAUUGUGAGAUUUUGGUCUUGUCUAGUUGGGUGAAAUGGUUAAGUAACAAGGUGCUUAGAUCUGUGUUGGCUGUAUGUCAGCCUUUCUCGUGUGAUAUAUAUUUUUUUAAUGAUAAUUUAGUUUGCUGGUGUGUAGGAAAUAGUGUUCAACUUUGGUCAACAAGUUGGAAUGAAUACAGGCCAGUCUUAUGCUGGACUUUUCUGUUAAGCAACGGAGAUUAUGAAAUCCUGUCUCAUCUUUUAACAUCUGCUGAACAUCUGGUGUGAGAAAACAAUAUCUAUUGUAGAUAAUUAAUUUGAUCCAUCUUGAUUGUAAGUUAAAAAGGAUAGAAUCUGUAUUAUGUUGACACCUUGAUCAUUGUCUGUAUCGCAGAGAAGAUGAAAGUUUUUUAAAUAGAUGAUGCAUGAAAUAUUUAUAACUGCAUGACACUGUAUACAACCAUAUAGUUGUAACUGAGUAUUAAUAUAUUAAUGUAAGCAUUAUAAAAAAAUAACUUAGGUUCUUGAAAACGUAGCCAGAAACUAAGUCAGCAUCUUUUAAAAAUAAAAUGUAUUUGCUAAAGAACACUUAGGAAUCUACAUUGUUAAUUUUAUUUUUAGUUGAUCAAAUAACACGAAAGAUGUUUCAGAUCAUUGCUGACCACUGGUUUUGUAAAAUCUUAUAUAUGUAAAGUUGUGAAACUUGUGACAAACACUGAAGUAAAUUUAUUGCAUUGUUUUCUAGAUGAAUAUCUUUUUGUGCUUCUUAUUUUAAUACAAUAUUUAUGUGGUGAUAAAUAGCAAUUUUAAUCAUGUUGGUAGAGUUAUGGUCCUUGUCACUGAAGAGUUGUGGUCCUUGUAUUUUUGUUCCUAUGUUCAGCUGAGAUAUUCAUUAAAGCACUGGAAUAAAUCAGAUUAAUUAUAUUUCUUCAACUAUUGAUUUUCAGUGUUAUUGGUUUUAUCCAAAAUGGAAUUUUAAAUAUCCAGAGCCUUCUUUUUUUUUAUUUUUCUGCAUUAAAUUAGUUAGUUUUAAUUGUCCCCAUUUUCGCAAAUUAUCCUAAUCCUUAGAAAACUUGAUACUUUUUUCUUGAGCCCACAUUUAAAAUGUUUUGCUUUAAUAUUUGUUACCGUGAGUUAUGUAAGAGUAAGUUCUGUAGUUUUCUCUGUUUUGUGUGUAUCCCAGAAAAGCUGGGCGUGCAACUCAACAUUGUAAAUAGAUAAAACUUUUCGUAAAUCUCUUAUAUUCAAGAGACAAAAAAACCUUGUGAGAAAAAAAUAAUAAUUUUUACUAACAAGUUUUGUAUUUCCCGUGUAAAUGGAGCAUAAGGUACACAUUCUAGUUGAAUUUUUGUGUGUAGGAAAAAAUUUCCAACACAGCGCCAAAAGUAAUUAGUGACCAGUUAGGGUGAAGAUAGCCAAAUAUUCUGUUCACUCAUUUUUAAUUAUUUUUUUUACAUGAAAAUUGACUCUAACCUUAAGAUCCAGCCAAUUUGUGGGUGACUUUUCUUUCAAGGCGGCCAGUAUUUGUUCUAAAAUUACUUUUUAUCCUCUAGAGUUCUCCAAUUUUCUCCUUAUAAUAUAACUCUCCAUAGACUUGAUAUUCCCCCUUUGUAUUUCAAAAAGGUUAUUUCCCUUAUGAAGGUUAUACGUAAGUAAUAGGGUGGUUAAAUUAAAAUAUAGGGAAAAUAAAUGCAUUGUUGAAAGUUUAGAUUAACAUUUUAAAUAUAGUGUAGAUAUUUUAACGUUGUUUUAUUCAAAUUUUAAGGAUUUUAAAUGCUGGAAAAGUUUUGAAAUAAUUUUUAACCUGAAUAUUAAAGUACCUUUGAUAAAAAAUUGUAAUUAAACAAAAAAGUGCUGUAUAUUAUUUCUAUCACAGCUUGUUCUGUAUUGAGAGGCACUCGCUGAGUUUCCUGAGUUAGCUGCGAUACCACUUGUACAUUGUGCUUAGUGUAUUUUUUUUUAUGCCAUCAUAAUUCUUGAUAAUACAAUUUUUUAAACCCAA